ACUAGAGCCGACUCAAACAGUCGGACACCGGAUCUUACCACUCGCAUUUUAGAGACCGCGAAAGGCGGUGGAGAGUCGACGCGAAGCAACGAGAGAGAGAGAGAGAGAGAGAGCAAACUUAUUUAUUAAUCGACGAAGCGUUCGAGAUUAAAUUUCAUUUUUUUUCUACGCGCUUACUCUCUCUCUCCAAUACUAAAAAAUAGACCCGGGAAGCGAGAGAGAAGAGACAGUGUGCUCGGGGUGCUCGCGAGGAGAUGGAUCGGUGGUGCGAAGUGCUACAGUGAGAGAAAGAGGGACACGAGAGAAAGAGAGAGAUAUAAGUACGGAGAUAAGUAGAGCGACGACCGCUAGCGUCAGACAGAUAUUUCAGAGCCGGCGCCUAAGCGCGCUCCCCUUCAGUCUCUGCAAUCAUGAUCGUGCGAGAAGCACUGACAUGGGCUGUGUUCAUCGGGAUCCUGUGUACAGUGCGGGCUGAUGGCGACAGAUGGUCGCGUCAAAUAGCGAACAGCGAGUGGAUACCCCUGGCUGAUCCUCGUAUCAGCCAGAGGGUACAGAACGUCGCACCUCCUGCGGAAGCUGCAGCUCCGGCUGUGGCCACUGACAGCAGUGCCCAAGCUGCUGGUCAAGUUCAAGCCCUGACCCUUCCACCAGCUCUGCAACAACAGUACCAGGAGCAACUCGUCCAGCUGCAGAAGACGCAGGAGAGCAUUCAGAGACUUCUGCUUCUGCAGCAGCAGCUCAAAGCCCAGCAGCAGCUCUUGCAGUCGCAAGCCUAUCAACCGAACAACUUCGCCAAUGCCGAGGACGACAAGCAGGCCUUGCACCAGAGCACUAUCGUCAAUCUCCAGACGCUGCCCGAAUUGGCGCCAGAAGUCCUCGUGCCGCCAGUUCCAUCCUCCGAGGCUCUACCGCCGGUAUUCCGAUCGCAGAAUUUCCAUCCGGAAACUGACCUGAAACGAGAUCACGGCCACCGUAGCCAACAGCAAAAUUCACAAUCCACGAGUUCCGAACAAGAUUACCGGCGAACUCACGAGGAAUCGAUACCUCCACCGCGAGCUAGUCGUCCCCGCGAGGACGGCGAAAAAGAUUACCGCCCGAAGCACAAGAGCCGUUACGAGACGGGAGCGCAGAGGCAUAAGGAAGAGCCUUCUCAUGUGAACUUUGUCACUCCGGCCACGAGCGUCGUUCUACGAGACGACAGCGAUGAACAGGAAGAGGUUCAGUUGGUUUACGUACCGGCCGAGACGUUGGCACAGCGAGGACAUGCCAAGCUUCACAAGUCGCAACCCAGAAAGCAUCAUCCCAAUCGUCAUCAUCAACAACAACAGCAACAGCAACAACAACAUCAUGGACAAUCAGCCUCGACAGCUUUGCCGUUCCACGACGCGUACGCUCGCGAGAUUCUGCACCAGUUGCAGAGACAGCACGAGGAGAAGAAUCAGUACCUGAAUCAGGAGCGCCAGAAGGAAAUCGCUCGAUUACACGCGGAACAGAAGGAAUUGGAGAGGCAAGCCCGAUUGCAUCAAGAAGCCGUCAGGAAGGAACAAGAAUUAAUGAGGCAGCGCGAAGCCGAGAAGAAGAGGAAGGAGUUGGAGAAGAUGGAAGAAGCGGCGCGACAACGCGAGCUUCAGAGAAUACAGGAGAUCAGGGAGCAAGAGAGACUGGAGCAGAAAAAAUUGGCCGAGCUUAAGGACAAGGAAGAAGAGGAGAGGCGAAAGGAGUUCGAGAGAUUUUCCACGUACGAGAGGGAGAAGGAAUUGAAACGUCAGAAGGAAUACGACCAGAGCCGUGAACACGAUGUCAGAACGAGACCGGACCACGGAUUCGCUGAUGUACAACAGACCCAAAGUUACGAAGAGCAUCCUGAUGCCCAACCGCUGGUUCAGGAUACCCAGCUCCACCAUCAACAUCUGACCGAGGUGACGCACAAGAGCAACAAGCCGUCCAGGCACAGAAACAAGCCGCGAAAACAGCAGCAUCACUUCCAUCAACAGCAUCAACAACAACAACCGGAGUACCACGACUCAGCCGAAUCCCAGUCGACAACUCCUUCGCCGAAUCAGCCGCCACUUUCCGUGUACAUGGGAAGCUCUCUGGUUGACCACAAUCGCGUUCAAUUGAGCGACGUACUGAAGACACUGAAGAACGCCAGAACCAUAGCUGUACUCGAUAGCUUUGGUCCUGAAACUCCUAGAGUCUUCGUGGGACCUAGAAAUUUGGAUCCUCCAGCGGGUUACGCCAAGUUUGAUCUACCGUAUCUGUCCUCGAUUGAGAACAAUCGCGUGGAGAGGAAAGUGGACAGACUGCCUUUCUUCGUAGCACCGUUGAGUUUUGAACCCCCACCUGGUUAUUCGAAAAUCCCCUUCCCAGCCCCACACAUCGGUUCGGUAGUGAUCAACAAUUUAGAGAACGUCGAAAUCAAGCCGCAUGAGAAUCAAAAUCUGCACCCGACCCCACUGAUAGAACCUAACUCUUACGUUGUAAGCAACCAGCCAUUGUCUGCCUACGAUGUCAGUACACCGGUUUCUUUCCCUCAAGAAUCCAGUACACCGAGAUACGAAGUAUCGUCUUUGCCUGCUAGUCAAUCAAGUACCAAAUGGAGAUUCGAUAGUUUCUUUGAGAAUAAGCCCUCGACUGAGAUACCAUCCGCAGUAACUGCCGCUUCUUAUCACGAGGAGCGAACUCCGACGAGCAAGUUCGAACGACCUUCGAAGACCAGAAAUUACUACAAUCCCAACGAAGUGUCCACUACGCCCACCUACUUCAGCCCGAAGACGGUAUCCGCAUUUUCCUUCGAGCAAACUGUCCCGCAGUCAACACCUUCCUACCACGAGGAAGAACCGCCUAUGCAUCACAGUGUGGAUUCUCAUCUGGUUGAUCAGAACGUCGGUCAUCAUCGGCAGACCCACCCUCGAUUCCCUGACCCAGAACCUCAGCGCGAAACGACUCACCACCGUUUUGCUGAUCCAGAACCACAACGCGAAACGACUCAUCAUCGUUUUGCUGAUCCAGAACCUCCACGCGAAACGACUCACCACCGUUUCCCUGACCCAGAACCUCAACGCGAAACGAGUCACCACCGAUUCCCCGAAUCAGAAUCUCCACGUGAACCAGCUCGUCAGAGAUUCCCCGUUGAUCCUAAUGGUCACUCCGUCACCAGUACGUACUUCUCGAAUCCUUCCAACUAUGACGAUCCGGCUCAGUAUAAUUUGCCUGCUGAACUUCCGGCCAUCUCUCCCCAACUCCCUGGAUUGGUGAAUGCCUUGGUUGAGAAACCUGACAUACCCAUACCGAGUACCAUCCACCCACCAACUCCAUCGACCACGACCACUACCACCACGACGACCACAACGACAACCGAAGCGCCUACGACGACCUACAGGCCUCGUUCGCGACAGAGGAGCAGAAUUAGCGCACCCAGAGCCACCACUCUGUCGCCACCGGGCAGAGGACACUCUGAAAGGGCGACGAGGAGACCGGUGAAUAGGUCCAAGUCAAAGUACACGACCACUACUGAAGAAUACAACGACUCGUCGUACGAUCCCACGAGAAGAAACUCCGUCACCACUUCGAGAUACGACGACCAAGACAGUCACAGCAGAAGACCGACAGUUCGCUCUCACUACAAGCCUCGCGACGAGGAAACUAAAGAAUCCAUUCAGACUCAGAUCGUAGAUUCAAAUGCUCCGAGUGAACAAGGUCAGCGCGGCGUCGGCAGCAGCAGCGGCAACGCCUACGAAAACGUACCCCUGAUCGAUUCCGCCCCUCCCGCCUCCUCCGGUGGUGCACCCACAGCGGAUUUAAAUAUCCCGGUCUAUCAGCAGGACGAUUAUUCAGCCUCCACGGCUUCGUCGGUCGACAACUUCUCUUCGCAUCGGGACUCGACCGGCAGCAUUUCAGAUUCCAUCCUGCCACUUAGCGGCCUCGAGUACACCCGGAAGUCGACCUUCGCUCCGAGCUUCUCCAGUUCCUCGCCUUCUUACGAUCACGUGGACGAGCAGCCGGUCAACGGGUUCAACUACAGGACUCACGAGACCCACACCACCCGGGACUACCCGUACUUCCGGCCUGGAAAGACCGAGAGCGUUCUCUUCGAGCCAAUCGCCACUACCGAUCUGCCGAACGUGCAGAGGUCCCAGUUACAGGACUUCUCGCCGGUCUAUCAUUCCUUCGACUCCGGGGAGACUCCCAGGCCGAUCUAUCGUGAAUCGACCGGCAGCAACAGCGGCAGCAGCAGCAGCGAAGAGGAGUCGCCGAUCUUCUUACCGAUCUCCCACGAUAAACAAGAGGAGUACUCUUAUCAGACUACCGCAACCGAAGCUCCCGAGACGACCACCACUACGACGACGACGACAACCGAAACUCCGGUGGUAACGCGUCAACGAGUCCGCGGACGUCUAGGAGGUCGCACAACCGACUCGGCCAUCCAGACACGUCCACGAGGUUCCCAGGACGAGUACGUGCGCUUCAGCGCCGUGAACCAGGACAGCUCCUCGAGGUCCAACGGUCGCCAGAGAGCUAGACCCAGGACUCGACCUCAGCCCAGCGGUAACUCGCCGAUACAGACGGAGGGACAGGAGUACGUGAGGAUACAGAGUAGCAGCGCGCGCAGACAGCCCGCUACCAGCACCACUACGAGAACGACCGUCGAGGAACAGCCUAAAGAAGACGAGGAGGAUUACGGCUUCAUCAGGCAGCCUAAUUACAGGCCGGCGCAGCAGACUAAUUACAAAACUACCCAGGCGCAGAUAACCGAGAUCCCCGAGACCACCACAGCCGAGUCCAGCCAGUCGCAGAUCCUCAAGAACCGCGCGAAGUAUUUGUCAGCCAACGGCCGUCGGCCAGCUUCCAGCAGUUCGAGAGUAACCACAACCCCGAGAUCCGAUGACACGGCUUACACCGUCAGACCACGUAGUCGCGUGAGUGGCAGCAGCCAAACCGACUCAGUUAAACCGACGAAGGCUCGUGGAAGACUGCGUAGACCCGGGGCCAGGAGGCGGGUGACCACCACUACCGAAGCCACCCUAGAAGACAACAACGAGCUGCCCCUCGAUGAGAACUACCCCAGGAUUCAUCCGGGACAGAUACAACAGGACGCCGCCAGACGCGGAGAGGAUCUCGCUGACGAGAACUACCCCCAGGAGUUCCUGCUGAACUACGGCGCGUCGCAGAAUUACCGCAACCGCGACGACCAGUACGAAGAGCGUCGUCGCAAUAACAAUCGACCGACGACCAGUCGCUCCUCGUCCUCCGACAUCUACGGCGCCGAGAGUCAGUGGUCCACGAAACUCACCGGAAACUCUUUCCAGCCCAGUAGCUACACCCCUAACCAGCCUAUAGGCGAGAGCAAGGAUUCCGAGAGUCAGGGCCAGGAGAAGGCCGGGGAUCUUCCGGAGAUAAUCACCGCAGGACCCGAUGUGCCCUCCAUCACGGUUCUCGUCAGCUCCGAUGAUGAGAAGCCGGAAGAGAAGAGAGAACAGGAGACGAAGCAAGAGGAGCACAAGUCCAGCUCCGAGGAGACCAUCAUGGGCAGCAUGAUGGAGUCGAUGAUCGACUUCGGCAAGAAGAUGGGCGUCACCGAGAUGACCGACGAUGUGGCGAUUACCACAACUACCACUCCCGAGAGCACGUCGUCCACCGAGACCACUCCGGAAGUUAAUAGGGCCAACACCGCCACGUUUAAGAAGGCCGGUCUGAGGAGGAGACGAGUCCGAGUGAGAGUUCGACCGGCUGGAGCCUCGGCGGAGGACUUCGUCACGGCCGAGAGCCAGAGUUACGACUCCUCGCUGAACAACCUGCCUCGCGAGGCCAACAAGUUCCGCAACUUCUUCGUCGUCACCGCCAAACCGACCACCAUCACGGCUUCCGCGAUCACGACAUCGACGAGGACGACUACCACGACGACCGAGCCACCGAAGACCGAAAAGUCCGUGUUCGAGAGUUUCCUCGACAAGAUGCUCGGGGAGGACGAGGUGCCGACCACCGUAGCACCCGAGGUGGUCACCAGUUCCCAGGAGGACGACGAAGAUUCCUGGACCGGUGUCUCAACCAUCGUUCCGGCCCAAGAGGUAACGACCCUCAGCCCGACGACUCAGAAGAACGAAGAGCUGGUCGAUAACACCGAACUGCCAACGACGGUGAUCGAUACCACCACCACCACCACCACAACCACCACAACGACGCCAAAGUCCACGGAAGAGUCGAAGAACAACAACAGCGGCGAGAACGUGAUCCAGUCGCUGAAUCGGGAGAACUCGCUGCGCUACUUCGUGACCAAGAGCCCGGCGUUCAGCGAGUACCUGCGCAGCCAGGAGAAGUCCAAAUUGUCCGAGGACAGUCCGGACCAUCCCAAGAACCACAGGUCCAAGUGGAGCGAGGUCCGCUACCCUAGCGACAAGUCCCUCUUCGAGUUCGCCAAGUGGAACACCAAGAACCUGACGGCAGAGGACAAGUCGGCGCAGCAGCAACAGCAGCAGCCAACGGCCAGCAGCAGCGAAGCCGACAACUCGAGCGUCACCGACUACGUCAAGGCCAUCUUCGAGAGCAUCAAGAGCGCCGACGAAGAGCACCACCAGAGCGCCAAGCUCGCCGAGCAGGCGACCACCCCACCUCCGCCAGAAAUCAAGACUUCGGUGUCCACUUCCAGCAGGGUCAGCUACAGCAGGAGCCAGAGCAGCAGUAGUUCCAGCAGCAGCCCCACUACCACCACCACGACUCAGGAACCAGCGACGUUGGGUCCGUUCGUCCCGUCGAUGAUGAGCAGCGGUCCGGUGAAGAAAACCUCGCUGGAGACGAACCUCGGCAAGAUCCUGAGGACUUCGACGACGACCAAAGUGUCCCAGAUGACCGAGAUCUGCUACCGCGGACGCUGCGUCAUGUCGAAACCGAAGAAGGACGGCGUCUCGAGAUGAAGGAGAUAGCUCGCGAAGCCAGCUGAGAUGAUGAUGCUUUGGAGUUGUCGAUCAGAGCGAACUUCACAGCUUGUCGCAAUCGGUUUAUAAUCUAUACUGUCAAAUUCAUUACGUACACACACACACACGUCACUGGGCACUGAUAUAUGUAUUUAUUGAAAUUCAUCUCGAAAUCACCUUUCAAAUCUAUACCUAUACUUCAUCGCAUCGCAGAGGGAGAGUGACCCAAUCGUAUAAGUAAGCCAAAUAAUGACAAAAGAGGACAGGGGAAGGGGCGAUCGUUACGUAUUUAUUAUUGGCCCGCUACUUCUCGGGCUGCGCCCAAAAUCUUUGUGGAACUGCAAAGGCGACGGAUUUUGUAUAGUUAUUGCACACGUAUGUGGAGAAAGAGAGACGCGCCGUGUGUACUCAACGUUGCUCUCUUUUUGAUCUAAGGGUAAAAAUUAUUAUUAUACAUAUAAUCCGCGUAUACUAAUAUUCCGCUUUAAAUUCUGUACGAUACACACCAGGAUCCGUCCAAGCAAACGGAGACGAGAAGCGAGUUUUUGUAUUUAAUUUUAACGCGUAUAUAUUAUAUAACUUGUGUAUGUACUACGUAUACGCGUAAUCCCUUCGUAUAAUAAUUAAGGUAUUCAUAGCUCUGUAAGUGUAUUUAAUUGAUAAUACUCCGCUCGUAUUUAAGUUAUAAUUGUAAUAAACUAAGCGUGAUAAUAAAAAGGUGAGCGAAAACACACAUUAUUUUAAUAAACAUUUUUAAAAUACAA